AUGGCGAUGCGCGCCCUCCUUGUUUCGCUGCUGCCCGGGCUCGCGGCGGCGCAAACGUGCACCAAGCGCAUCCGCGUGGGCACGUUCGGGGACUCCAACCCGGAGGCGCUGGCCAUCAUGACGGACUGGCUCAACGAUUGCUGGACGAGUCCUACUACUACAAGUUCUACCGUUUGCGCCGAGUGCUGGACCUUCUACCGGCAGUCGAGCGGCAUUUACUCGAUCCAAAAGCUCGACUCGGGCGACCUGGACAUGGCGCUGCUCGGUUCGACGCCGUACGCGGCGUCGGCGGCGCGGCGCGGCGCGCUCCAGGCCGUCGCAAUGGCGCACAUCAAGGGCUCGGCGGAGGCGCUCAUUACGCGCGAGCAGUUCACCGAGCCCAAGCAGCUCUCGAACGAGACGUGGAAGGCGACGAUCGCGGUGCCGAAGACCAGCACGACGCACUACGUCGCGCUCGCGGUCAUCGCGAACGCCGGCAUGGACCUGACGGACGUGAACCUCGUGUUCAUGUCGCCGGAUGAAAUCAAGGCGGCCUGGGAUGACGGCACCAUCGACGGCGCGUGCAUCUGGGGCACGACGAUGCAGUACAUGGAGGCCAACGGGGGCCGCGCCAUGGUCGACGCCACGACGGUGGCUCAGUGGGAAUAUGUCACUGGCAACGUCCUGGCGGCCUCCAACGAGUUCAUCGCGAGUCAUCCAAGCCUCGUCAAGAAGCUCGUCACCGCCUUCGAGCAGACGCGCUACGACUACACGCAGAGUGCGGCGGCCACGAAGCUCGACACGGGCAACUGGGGGACGAGUGGUGACUACAACGAAAUCGUCACGGAAUUCUCCUACCUCCAGGAGUACCUCGGCAGCGCGAGCAUAAGCAACGACGAUAGGGAUGCCACCAAAAAGGCCGUCGAGAAAUUCGAGUACUUGAGCGUCGAUGACCAGCUCCCCGAUAGUAACGGUAAAUAUGCUGAAGAAUAUUACGACCUCCCCAAGAUGACUCAGAACUCGGCCUACUUCUUCUACGAGCAGAAGGUGCUGGCCGAGGACCCUUCCGCGAAGAUUUGUUCCGACGACUUUGCUAAGACGUGCGAGUCGAACGCCGAUUGCGCCGGAGGCGGUACGUGCGGCGACCCUGCGCCCUACUACGACGGCAACUAUUACAAAACGGCCCUCCAGGAACUCUCGGACAGCGACUACCAGACGCUGCUCGCGGCUGACACGGCCGGUCCCAUCGUCGACGGCGAGUUCGACUUAGGCAAAACCGCCUCCGUCCAGGAGAAAGACGGCAGCACGUGCACGGGGGGCACUCUUUCGGCCGGGCAGACAAUUUACGAUGGCUCUGGGAGUACGGCCGCCUACGCGCCCGACCAGAACUGCGAGUGGAAAUUCACGUCCAGCACCUACGUAACCAUAGACAUCACCAAACUUAUGUCGGAGACGCCCGACGACGGGCUCGAGUUCUACAACAAAGAUGGCGACCUCCUGGCGGCGUUCACCGGCCGGUGGGACGCGAGCGACCUGCCGGAGAUCCGCUCUAAGGAUGAGGUCACGGUCAAAUGGACCACGAAUAGCUACGACGAGAACGCGAUCGGCGUGCUCGAGGACGUGGGCUUUGAAGCGACUUCCAGCUCCAUAGGGAGUGCCCCCAACACCAAUUGCGCCGCCGGGACGAGCGGCGCGAGCUGCGAGUACGCCUACUGCCUCGGCGUCGUCACAAAACAAGCAUCCGGAACUCAGCAGUCCAUAAAGGCCACAACCGAGGAUAAAUACGCGCCGAACUCGCGCUGCGGCUGGCGCAUCGAGACGACGAGCUACGUAGAGCUCGAGUUCACGCAGCUCGCGAUCGAGAACGGCUUCGACUUCGUCAAGAUCUACGCGGGUGGCACCGCGCCGACGGGCUUUUCGCUCACGGAUCCAGCGACGGAGCCGAAGCUGCUCUACGCGGCGACGGGCUCGACGCCGCCCUCGCCAUUACUUUUUGAGGGCGACGUCUUCGUGACGUUCGAGUCGGACGGCCUCGGCAACACGGCCGUGGGCGCCACGGACAACGGCGGCUUCGAGCUCAAAUACAGGUCCCUUCCGACUUCGAGUACGAUUAAGGACAACUGCGACGGCGACUGGACGCCGCCGAUCAAGAACUGCGCGCUGGAUCACUGCACCGGCACGCAGAAACGUGACGGCGUUCACGGGCACGGCUCGUUCUCGUCGAGCUCGGGGAAGAGCGCGGCGGAUGCGACGGACUACCCCGCGAUGACGACGUGCCGCUGGGAGUUCGAAGUGUCGCCUGGCUUCACGGGCCUGUCGUUCAAGGCCCUGGUCUGGGACGUCGAGGCGUCGGGCGCGCUCACGUCCACCACGGACGCCGUCAAGAUCUACAACAAUGACGAGGACGGCACGCUGGUGGGGACGUUGAAGGGCGGUGACGAUCCCGCCGAGUGGGAGUUCGAAUACACCGCGACCAGCGGCAAGUUCGUCGCCGUCUUCGAGUCCGACCUGAACAACCCGGUCCCGAAGAAGGGAUUCGACCUGAUGUACGCCGGGAUGUACGGCACCUCCGCGGGCAUGCUGGGCGGCUUCUGCUCGGGCGACUGGCCGUGCGUCGAGGGCGAGUGCGACGGCGGCACGUGCAAAACGCCGAGCAAGAAGGGGUCGAACGAGGUCCCGGGCUACGUCAUCGCCAUGAUCGUCGUCAUGUGCGUCCUCCUCCUCGGCCUCGCGGUCUUCCUCUACUUCUACCGCAAGAAGAUGAAGGUGAAGAGCUGUGUGGAAAUCAAAAUUUUACGGCGCGUUUGUGCUGAAUCAUCGCGUCGUCCUCCACGCCAUCGACGCGACGCCUGCUCGAUGGCGUGGCGAUGCCGGUUCCUCGCCGCUCGACCGAGCCAGGACGGCCGCGUCAUCGCCGACGCACCCGACGCACUGGUUGAUUUCCACACAGGCGAAAAGCAAAGCCCAGAAGGCCAUUAUCUCCGAGCAGCAGGAGGAGCUCCAGAACUUCCGCGACAGCGUCGUCGGCAUGCGCGCCGUCGUCAAGGCCGCCGCGCCCGGGGGCGGCGGCGGCGGCGGCGGCCGCGCGGGGCCGCCGGCCGCGCCGGCGCGCUGGUACUGGGAGGAGAGCCCGGCGCGCCUGGCGGCCCACCCCGUCGUCAAGCCGCCGUACUGGAUCCCCUACGACGACGCGGCCUCCGCGCGCCUCGAGAAGGCCUUCGUCGCGCGCCAGGGCAAGAUCCAGCUCACGGCGGCGUACGAGGCCGACGUCGAGCGCAUGCUCCAGACGAACUUAAGGACGGGCUUCAGCCGCAAGAUGUUGCGGGACGCGCCGCCGGUUGUCCCCGUGGCGCGGCCGGCGUCGCGCGACGUCGAGCAGGGCGCGGACCGCCCCUCGGACAUCGACGCCGACGAGCCCUGCAUGGUGCUCCACGUCGGGAGCAUCGUGCAGAUCGCCCGGGAGCACGACGACGGCAAAUGGGCCUUCGGGUCCCUCAUGAUGCCGGCGGCCGGCGCGCCGACAGACACUCCUCCGGUCGGCUGGUCGCGAGACCAGGGCUGGUUCGAGAUGGAGAACACGGAGGUGCCCUCGGCGGACCAGCUCGCCGAGCUCCAGAAGGCCCUCGGGGGCAGCGGCGGCGCGUCGGCUUUGGACCCGCCGGCGUACUGGGACGAGGUCAAGGACCCGCUCAUGGCCGAGCUCUUCCGCCUCGACCCGCGCGACGCGAAGACGCGGGACGAGUACAACCGCGUCUUGAAUGCCUUCAUGUUGACCUUGAACCGCUCGAACUUCCGCAUCUACUCCAUCGACCGCGUGCAGAACGUGAGCCUCUGGCAGUCGUACUCCGUGAAGAAGUCGCAGAUCUGCGCGCGCGAGGAGGACGAGAGCAAGGCCCUGCGCAAGUACGUGCGCUGCUGGCUCUUCCACGGCUGCCCCGGCGACAUCGUGCCCAAGAUCCUCCAACAAGGCUUCAACCGCUCGUUCUGCGGCAAGAACGCGACGUUCUACGGCAAGGGCGUCUACUUCGCCCGCGACGCCAAGUACUCGACCUACCCGCUCUACUGCCGCCCGGACCCGCAGGGCGUGCAGUCGAUCUUCCUCGUGCGCGCGGUCGUCGGCCAGUACUGCAAGGGCGUCAAGGACGCGCUCACGCCCGACAUCCGCGACAACGCCAAGAACCUGCUCUUCGACUCCACGGUCGACACCGAGCCCGGCAAGGAGCCGAGCAUCUACGUCACGUACCACGACGCCCAGGCGUACCCCGAGUACCUCAUCAAAUUCUCGCAGACGAACGUGCCGAAGGCCCACCCCUCGGCCGGCGAGGCGCCCCACCGCAUGUACCGCCACAACAUCCUCGAGGCCGAAGGCAUCGAGUAG